AUGGAUAAUCUGUCCCAUGAAGACCUUCAGCUGAGGGGUAACCAGCUCACUGAUGAGUCUCUGGAGAGUACAAGGAAAAUCUUGGGCUUAGCCAUUGAGUUUCAGGAUGCAGGAAUCAAAAUCAUCACCAUGCUGGAUGAACAAGGGGAACAACUAAACCUCAUAGAAGAAGGCAUGGACCAGAUAAAUAAAGACAUGAGAGAGAUAGAGAAGACUUUAACAGAACUAGACAAGUGCUAUGGCCUUUUUGUCUGUCCAUGCAACAGGUCAAAGAACUUUGAGUCUGGCAAGGCCUAUAAGGCAACGUGGGGAGAUGGCGGAGGCAACUCACCUAGCAACGUGGUAUCCAAGCAACCAGCCCGAGUCACAAAUGUGCAGCCUCAGCAGUCAGCCAGUGGCAGAUACAUUAACCAUAUAACUAAUGACACCAGAGAAGAUGAGAUGGAAGAAAACCUGAUUCAAGUGGGUGAUAUCCUGGGAAAUCUACAGAACAUGGCCUUGGACAUGGGGAAUGAAAUUGAAGUUCAAAAUUGACAGAUAGACCGCAUCACAGAAAAGGCUAACACCAACAAAGAUCGUAUUGACAUUGCCAAUACCAGAGCAAAGAAACUCAUUGACAGCUAAACCUAAAAGAAAAAAAGAAGUGGUCCUAGGAAGCAGAUCUUCAAAAUGAGAUUCUAGAAUUGGUCACUCAACAGUCAGAUUAAGUACAAAUGUGAAAUAUUUUGAGAUUAGAGGCACUGG